AUGGCUAAAGAUCAAACGGAUAAAACAGAAUACUUCAUUAAAAAGAGAAACUACAUAUGUGGUAAGUUUGAUACAUUGAGGUUACUUUUUUCUGAUGAAUUGGACAUUUCUGGAGAAUAUAUUAUUAAAGUUGCAAAAUACAGAGAUUAUUUUCCUAAUAAAUCAGAAUAUACCGAUAUCGAUAAAAUUAAUGGUUAUUUCUUAUGGUUACUUAAAGAAAUUUUUGGGAAUAGUAAUAAUUUGUCGGGAGAUAAAAAUGAAAAUAUGAGUGUUAUUACAUACAUUUUUUCUUGGUUAAGUUAUAAGUUAAAUCAAAAAACAAAAAAUGGAAUCACUGAAUUAAACGAGUUUUAUAGUAAACAUAUAGAACAUGUCCAGGAGUAUAACGGAUCUAUAGGAAAGAAUGCAAAAUAUAAAAGUUAUAAGGAAAUUAUAGAUGAAAAUAAGAAUUUUAUGGAUAUUGAUAUUAAAGUUAUGUCUAAAUUUUAUGAUGUAUUUAAAAAUCUGUGUAAAAUGUAUAAUGAGCUUACAAAGGUGAAUAAUAAUAGCGAGGAAUAUUUAGAAUAUGUUAAUAAUUUUGCUGAUAAUUAUAAAGCUCUUGUUAAUGAAAAUUUUAAUGAUACAAACAAUAAUUCAUUUAGACAAAUAUUGUCUGUUGUAUUAAACGAUUAUAAUUACAUAAAAGAUACAUUAGGUGUUGAAUAUGUAAAGAAACAAUUUCCAGAACUUACAAAGGAAAAAACAACACAAGUUUCUGUAUUAAGUCCUAAAGAAACACGAGAUGCCUCAUUGAGUGAAAUUCAAGGAUCAAUUUCUCAAACUGGAGUAUCAAGUUCUCAAACUGAAGCAUCAAGUUCUCAAACUGAUGUAUCAAUUUCUGAAACUGAUGUAUCAGAUUCUGAAACGACACUAUUUAGUUCAUUGACAAUAAACAAACUAAUUCCAAUUCCAUUUAUAUUGGUUGUAACAUUAAUUUUAUUAGGAAUUGCAUAUAAGUAUUCGUUAUUUGGAUUUGGGAAACGAUCUAAAAAACAACAUUUAAGAGGAAAGCUAAAAAGAUAA